AUGAAAGGCUGCCUGCUCCUGCCCCUUCUCCUGCUGGGGACAGUUUCUGCUCUCUACCUGGAGAAGGAUGCCUCCCACAUGGGCAGUCCUCAGACACAGGGAGACCUGAGCCAGGAUCCUGAAGGCUCAGGGGGGCAGGAAGGAGAGCUGGCCCUGAGUGGUGAGGUGCUUGAUUCGGGGGGAGAGGAGGCCGAGGACGCCCACGACGAUGAGGGCGACUGUGAGUUAGACCCAGAUGACUUAGAUGAGGACGUGCAGUGCCCCAAGGAGGAGGAGACAGUGCAACUUCCUGGUGGUCCUGAGUGCAAGAGCUGCCACUACAGGAUGGUGCAGACUCCAAGAAGUUUUUGCCGUGCUCAGAGAAUCUGCAGGCGUUGCUACCGAGGCAACCUCGUCUCCAUCCACAGCUACCAGUUUAACCAUCGCGUGAGACGCUGGGCAGGAAGGACCAACCAGUCACAGGUCUGGAUCGGAGGCGUCAUCAGGGGCAGGUCCCGUUGCAGGAGAUUUCGCUGGACCGAUGGGAGUCGCUGGAAUUUUGGAUACUGGGCCCGAGGGCAGCCUGGGAAUGGGAGAGGCCACUGCGUGGCCCUGAGCACCAGAGGGGGUCACUGGCGACGAGCUUCAUGCCAGAGGCGGCUGCCCUUCAUCUGCGCCUUCUAAAUCAGAGGCGUGGAGACCCUGCUUCUCCACCAUCCUGGCCACCCCGCCCC